AAACGCUGCUGUCAGAUAAAAAGGGAAAUGACAUCAUCCAAGAUUGCCAACCUGUCACUUGGUAAAAUCACAACUGUCAUUCGCAUUUAGUUGUCAAAGUGCCAAGAUCCUUUGCGCGGGCGCCGGGAAAGUUAUGAAAAACUCCUACUUUUUACAAUUAAAUUAAAAUGUUAUUUAUAAAAUGAAGUUAUUUAGUAUUUAAUGUGAAUCGAAUAAAACUUGUUAAAAAUGGGUCUCUCGCGUACGACGGUUCAUGUUUUCGCAGGGUGUUGUUCCAGCGCUUUUCUCAUGGAAAUAUUGAUGGCCAGAAAACCUAGCAGUGCUAAUUUAGUUACAUUCUUACAAUUCUUUUUUAUAACGUUGUACGGGUUUAUUGUUACAACAAAGUUCGGUUUGAUAGGUCCAAAGAUACCAUUAAAGCAGUAUGUAAUAUUGGUUGCCCUCUUCUUUAUCACGACUGUGGCUAAUAACUAUGUGUAUGCAUUGCAUGUACCUACUACCCUGCAUAUGAUAAUACGAUCAGCAUCAUCGCCAGCCAGUAUGUUAGUAUACUGCUGUGUAAAGAAACAGUAUCCAAAAUUAAACAAUGCUGUCGGCUCCAUACUCAUAAGUAUUGGUGUGGCUUUAGCCAUGUAUGGAGGUGCCCCAACGGACGAGGGAAAUAAGGGAACCUUUUUAUAUUGGAGCAUAGGCGUUACAAUAUUGUUGGCAACUUUGAUAACUGGUGCUUUUACUGGUAUACAACAGGAAAGAUUGUAUUCAAAAUAUGGGAAACAUCCUAAUGAAAUGCUGUUCUACACCCAUGCAAUACCGAUGCCAGUAUUCCUUGGAAUAUAUCCUCAGUUAAAGGAUACUUCAGCUGAUCUUACUGCAGACACUUGGUUCUUAAUAGCCUUGAACAUACUUACACAAUUCUAUUGCACACAUUCAGUGCAUAACCUGGCUACCAAAGAAACCUCAGUUACCGUAACAUUUAUACUAACUAUUAGAAAGUUUUUAUCAUUAUUGUUAUCUUCUAUAAUGUUUAAGAAUAACUUGACUGUAUAUCAUGUGAUAGGCACGGUACUUGUAGCCAUUGGUACUUAUGUCUACUUUGACUUUUUCACUAGUAGACGACAAGGACCAGUGAGUAUGAAAGACAAGUGAUGUGAGUAUUUAUUAUUGACUUGACAUUCCCUUUAGACUGAGUAACUAUUUUAUAUUGUUAUUCAUUGUUGAGAAUUUAUAGAUCUUACUAGCUUUUAUUUUUACUUAGAAAAAAUAUUUAUGUAUCCUUUUACAGUAGUUGCAUUUAUACACUUUAUUGUACUUUGUACUUAGGUACCUAAGAUUGUGGUAUUGGUUAAAUUUAUAGUAACUUAUUCAUAAUAGAGUUUAGAUCUUUUAGCUUAGCUUUGUUAUUAACUAUUUGGUAGAAAAAUAUACAUUUUAUAAAUGUUUUCGACUUAUAGCUACGAAUUUAUGAGUAUUUU